AUGCGCAUUGUGGGCGGAGUAGAUGCCCAGCCUGGGGCGUGGCCAUGGUUGGUAAGCAUUCAAGUUCCCUCCAAAAGCGCUCAUCGUCACUCUUGUGGAGGUGUAUUAGUGAAUCAACAUUGGGUCCUGACUGCAGCUCAUUGCUUCAAAACCAUGAAAAGGUAAGAAAAGAUCAGAAAAUGGAGAAUUAUUCUGGGAGGUUAUAUGCUUUCAGAACUCAUAGAAGAUGAAGUUCAAAUUCGAUCAAUCCAGUGCUAUGUGCAGCAUGAGAAGUACAAUCCACGCACAGAGGCUUAUGACCUGGCUCUGAUAGAACUUAACAAACCAGUUAAAUACACUGACUUUGUCCAGCCUGCCUGCCUGCCAAGUAGCACUGUGGAUAUCAGCACCUUACACCCAUGCUAUAUAAGUGGCUGGGGAAUCACUCAGGAGAAUUCUAUACAGACAGCAGAUAUUCUACAGGAGGCCAAAGUAAAUCAGAUUGACUUAGACACAUGUAACAGUUCUCGUUGGUAUGAUGGCGCAAUCAAAAACUUUAACUUGUGUGCAGGGUAUGAGGAGGGAGGCAUUGACAGUUGUCAGGGUGACAGUGGGGGACCGCUUAUGUGUAAGGAUGAACAAAGUAGUACAUAUUAUGUAAUUGGUAUAACAAGCUGGGGUCAGGGUUGUGCCAAUGCACAAAAACCAGGAGUAUACACCAAUACUAAGUACUGCUUGGACUGGAUCACGAGAAAACUUGGCAAAUCUUCAAGCGUGAAAAGGACGCAUGGUAAAUCAUCUCAUAAAAAGAAAGCUCCACACAAAAAAGCAGGUUCAUCUUGGGCUCCAUGA